UUCUUCGGCGGCGAGGGCUGCGAAGGCUCUGACACGCGGGUCUCCGACGACGAGGACUGCGAGGGCGGCGGCAACCAGAGCCACGGCGGCGAGGGCCGCGAGGGCGACGGCAACCAGAGCUCCUGCGGCGAGGUCCGCGAGAGCACCGACACGUGGAGUGUCGGCGACGAGGACUGCGAGGGCUUGGGCGACCAGGGCUACGGCGGCGAGGGCCACUUGUGUUUCUGCAACCGGAGCUUCGGCGAGGACUCGGGGGUCCCCGAUGGGCAGAGCGGCGGCGAGGGCUGCGAGGGCGACGCCAACCAGACCUACGGCGGCAAGGGCUGCGAGGGCGACGGCGCACGGAGCUGUGGCGAGAAGGACACCGAGAGCUUCGGCGAGAACCUCGAGGGCUACGGCGGCGAGGACGGCGAGGGCUUCGCGCAGAGCCUCGGCGAGGGCCGCGAGGGAGUCGACGAGGUCUGCGAAGCGAAGGCGGCCCAGGGCAAUGACCUGAAGGUCGGGGUGCCAGCCAGACCCGAGUCCGAGGAAAAGGCAGGCGGCUCCGCUUCAAGGCCUUCCACGGAGGAGAUCCAGCAGAUGUUCAGGUCCUGCAAUUGGGGAGCCCUGGCUGGGGCC